AUGUCAGUACACCCAUUCGAUCCCCCUCGGCCAACUUUUAUGCAUAUGCUGACUUUGCCACCAGGGAACCCCAAAUCCUGCGAUUGGGGUGACAUCACUUGGGGUCAUUACACAAGCAGAGACGGUCUUACUUGGAAGCAAAACACACAAAAUCCAGUUCUAGAACCCUCUGAGCCUUACGAUGACAAGGGCAUCUUCACUGGCUGUCUUCAUCCUACUGGCCUUCAAGGAGAAGAAGGACAACUCACUGUUAUCUACUCAUCCAUCACAAAUCUUCCCAUUCACUGGACUUUACCGUAUACCCGAAACUGCGCUGGAUUGUCAGUAGCAACAUCGACAGACGGCGGCAAGACAUGGCAGAAGAGCGAACAAAACCCAAUCUUGGAGGGUGAACCCAAAGAUCUCACCGUCACAGGGUUCCGAGACCCAUAUCUCGCAGAAUGGCCUGCUUUGGAUGAAAUGAGAGGCGAGGCGAGCUUGUACGGUUUCGUAUCUGGAGGUGUUGUCGACGGCGGACCUACAGUGUUUCUCUACGCCAUCGCACCAACCGACUUGACACAAUGGACAUACCUCGGCCCUCUGAUCGAUUUACCCACAGGAUAUAGCCCCUCUGGACGAUGGGGCGGCGACUUCGGUGUCAACUGGGAGUGCGUUAACUUUAUGACUCUUCACAACGAGUCCGAGGAGCGACCUUUCUUACUUAUGGGAACCGAAGGUGGAGUUAAGCCUGGUGCGAAGGAGGGUAGCGAUCAGUGGUCGCUUUGGAUGGCUGGGUCUCUCGAGCAGACCGAGCAAGGACCCCGGAUAAAGCCCGAGUACAGCGGAAUUCUCGACCACGGAUGUUUAUACGCACCUAACUCUUACGAGCAUCCUAUCACAAAGAACAGGAUCAUUUGGGGAUGGCUGAAGGAGGACGAGCUUACCUUGGCCCGACGCGAAUCCAAGGGUUGGACCGGAUACUUCUCUAUCCCUCGCGAGCUAUUCUUAUACACGGUAGAAAACGUAACGAGGACUCUGAAUUCAUCGCUGGCCGAUGUUGGUUGCAUCAAAGCUACUGAGAAUGGGCGAGGGUCAAACGCAGUCCAGACAUUGGGAAUUCGGCCUCUGCCAGAUCUUCAGGGACUUCGGAGGGGCAAGCCCGGCUACUGGAAUAACAUUGGCACCAAAGGCAACCUUGGGAAGCUUGUAGAUACACAAACCGGGAGCUGGGAGUUGGAAGCUACCAUCAAGGUCUCACCAAACGACCAAGGACUUGGAUUCUGGAUCCGACACAACGAAGACUUGUCUGAAGGAACAGCUAUUCACUUCUCCCCCCAAAGCGAGAAAAUCACCGUCGACCGAAGCAAAUCCAACCAUGAAGCCGAUAUCGAAAAGGACUCUGUUUCAGGACCUUUCACCCUUUUCUACUCUGACAGAAAUGGUUCAGAGGAGUUGGAGAAGCUACACCUGAGAAUUUUCUGCGACGGUGAUGUUCUCGAGGUCUUUGCCAACGAUCGAUUCGCUUUAUCGACUAUGGUUUAUGCGGAUACGAGAGAUUGCACGGGUUUGAGCUGGUUUGUUGAAGGAAAUGGAGCAAGCGAGACUGUUUUUGAAUCAGUGAAGCUAUGGGAGAACAUGAAGGAGGUGGUUGAGGUUGAUGAGCCUGUUGUUUAUGAGCGAAGUCAGUUGUGA